AUGUCUGGAUCAGCGUCGAGCUCGGCCUCCGACUCGCAAUCUCCUUCUGCAUCCUCGGCGCAAAACGGAGGAGGCGCUACAUCACCACAGCGGCGCACCUCUUCCUCGUCUCAACCCUUCGUAUCUUUGCUCUCGAGUAAGACGACCGCCACCCGUGACAAUCGUGACAAUGACAACUCCACUGCCGCUACUUUGUCACUCGAAGCAGAAGAUCGCGCGCAAGCCUCUUCCAAUACGGACGUACCAGCGCCCUUGGCCGGUAAACGAUCUCGCUCUGGCUGCUUGACUUGCCGAAAGCGCAAGAAAAAGUGCGACGAGACCCUGUGCGAAGAGACCGGCGGCUGUUGGCGAUGUCGCAACGCUGGCUAUCAAUGUGAAGGAUUUCGAAGGGCGCCUGUUGUCUUUGAGCCGGGUUCUGCAUCCACGUCCAAAAACAAGCGUAUCAGGCGAUCUCCUGGUCCACCAAGUUCGCGGUCCGACCUUCGUCAUCGUGUCAAGCUCGAGGCCGACUCACACACCGAUGCGAACGCGCUUGCAGAUGUACAGUCGAUCGCUCUCGGUCACCCUUCGUUUACAUCGGUGGGAACAAACAUGUCAACCCAACAUCCAACGCAUGGUUCGGUCGAUCAGGAUGACCACGACAUGGCAAAUAGUCUAGCUCAAUUCGCUGGACUCGCCACUGGACUCGCCACCAGCUCAGCCGCUUGGCCGCUAAUAUCGGGCAGCAAAGACGAUAGACUCACGCCUACAUGCAGAAAUGGAUCAUCCGCUGCAACGCCAUCGCCCUAUUCGCCUUUUGUACACCCCCCGUCCAUGCUUUCAACGUCUUCACAUUCUUCACAACGCUCAGCACAACAGUACAACCAUUCAGCUUUGCAAACGCCUCAAUCGCCGCUUCACAACUCUAUACCGCUACGAUCGCCUGCGGCGCCCUGUGAAAUCGUUGGCGACUGCCUCUUUUCUGGCCACCACCUCUGUACAUCAUGCAGUGCAGUCGCAAAUCGCCUGAUGCAGCCCGAUCCAGCACAACUUGCCGCGCUCGAUGCUGAUUUGGUCCAGGUGCAACCCAUGCCCAGCCUGUCCACGCCCAUGGGAUCUCGGCCUCGCACUCCCGAAGCAGGCAGCGCAUCCGCCACAUACCAUGCCAAUGCCAAAUCGCGCCUGGUUAUGGAGAGUCUCAUCGGCUACUACAGCACCCUCAUCACGUGUUGGGUACAGGGGUGUGAUGUUCGUGGUAUAGAAGCAUCGUCCUUGUUCCGACAGCUGGUGCCGUAUUUGCUGGAUAGCGUCGAUCGUCACACUCCUCUUCGUCUUUCCAUUGCGGCUGUGACUGCAGGGUACGUAGGUGGGGCAAGGUUGACGUGGCCCAAGGAUGUGGUCGCGAUCCACCAGUGGGCCAACACUCUGCGUUCCGAUCGUACCUCGAUCGCCGACUGUGUCAAAGCGAAUCUGAGUUUCUCAUCGUUUCCCGGUUCGCCCGAUACGAUCUGGUCCGCUUCACCAGGAACGAGUAUCUCGUCCGAAGUACACGGUCUAUCGCCAGCCAACGUGGAGAGGCUCAAGCGCGCUUCUAGCACGCACGCUACGCUUGACGAUUUGCUGGUCGGACAAGCGCAGACGCUCAAACAGCUUGCGCUGCGUUCCCUAGAGCAAGCCGUGUCGGACUAUUGUGCAAAGACGACGCGUGUACUGGGUGUCAGCUUUACCGAAAAGGGAUUCCUGGCGGAAUGUGUUCAGGUCAAUCCGUUGCUCAUGGCGGCGCUCAACAUCGCCAUUUACGCUUUUGCCGAGGAGGGCAUGCAGAGCUACUUUGAGGAAGCCGCAAGGAUGCGUAGCCUGAUCGAUACCUUGCUAGGCUCGUUCCCGCCGGUGAAUCUGUCGAAACUCACUUCACAUGAGCAUUUGGGGUUCAGGACGUACGUCUGGUCGGAUGUGACGACGGCUAUUGCGUGCGGGACGAGGCCACAUUUGCAGUUGGCCAUGUCGACGUUUGCCAAGGAAGACGUUGGAGGCGCUUCGAGCUUGCACAGGCUGUCACCGAUCAAUGGCGGCGCGAAAGACGAUCUGGUCUGCAAGCAAGAGCAAGAUUUGACCUUUAGUACGCUUGAUGUGACGCUCGUGGCGCUGUCGGACAUUGCGCGCUUACGAUACGAUUUCGACGGCGGAGACUUCUCGGCUACCGCUCGACGUGCUGCUGGCUCGCCUGUACCGCAAUGGGUUCACGAACGGGCGCGACGCAUCCAAGCGCGUGCGGAAUCGUGCCGGAUUGACGCACCGCUCACUACGGGCUCGGCCAUCUGCGCAAUGCUCACCAAGAGCGCAUGUAUCAUUCUCGUUCACACACUUAUCUAUCGGGUCGGCGCGCUUCAUCCGGUCGUCCGCGGCCUGCUGAGGGGCAUGCUGGAGCUGUGGACGAGUGCGGGCGAGGCGUACUGUAGGAGUGUGGGGUGUAGCAACUUCAACUUGCCUAUGUUUGUGGCUAGCUCGGUGGCGGUGGAUGAUACGGAUCGGAAGGUGUGCGAGCAGGCGAUGCAAAUCGUCGGACACGAAGAGGCGGGUCCAGCGAGUGGCAGGGAAUUGAUCAAGGAGGUUUGGAGGAGGAGCGAUGUGACGGGUACGCCGGUCUUUUGGACAGACCUCAUCGCGACGGGUGAUUUUGCCGUCGCGUUCUUCUAA